GGAAACCGCCCCCCAACAAAAAAAAAAGGGACUGACCAUGACAAAUGACUAGUUUAGCUUGCUAUAGGAUCCUGGGUUUGAAUAUUAUCGCUUCUAUUUGAUUUCCCGACAAACACGAAAACGACAACCAUGACCCUUUCUUUGUAUAAGCGUCUGCAUAAAUCGUACAAAUGAACAACCAUUUAAAUUUUUUCAACGAUCUACAAGCAUCACUUGAAGAAGAAAGCAAUAGAAAAGAUGAGAUUAGAACGACUGUAAAAGAGUUGGAUCGCGCUUGUCGAAAAGCGAACGCCACUUUGAAUCAAGUCCAUGCCAAUCCCACUCAACCUGCGCCCAUGAUCGACUUUUCUGAAAUAAAGGAAAUUCUCAGCAGGUUAUCCAGUUUGAUCCCUAAAGAUGAAUUUUACAAAUACAAUGAUUUAUGGUCAAGAACAGUUCAACAGAUUGUAUUUGUCAUUGCGUUCAGCACUUAUUUAGACAAGAAGGAAGUUGUGAAUAUUAUACCUAUUGUAGAAGAAACCUUGGACAUCAAAGUGGAUAUGCACCAUGACCUGAAAGGAUUUCAUAUCCCUAUUGAAGAUAUUCUACAUGCUUACAUUUCACUCAUUAAUGAAAUGUCGAGACUUUGUAUCAAUUCUGUCACGGUGGGUGAUUACGAGAGGCCGUUGAUCAUAUCCAAACACGUAAAAGACCUUAGUGCAGGUUUCCAAUUGUUGAAUUUGAAAAAUGAUAUAUUACGUAAAAGAUUUGAUAGCAUCAAAUAUGACGUAAAGAAAAUUGAAGAAGUAGUCUACGAUAUCACAUUGCGCGGUUUACAUACAAAUGCAAAGAAACGAUCAGUAAACGCAGAAGCAGAGGAAGAUGCUGGAGAUGGAAAGAGGUCUAAAAAAGAAUAGUAAAAAUCAAUAUCUGUUCUCUAUAAAUAUCCUAUUGCUUUAUCAAAUGUAGUUAUUUUGAACCGUAAGAAAUCAAAAAAGCCAAACCAGAGAAUGUAAUUGAUUCCCAAUUUAUACUGUGAAUGCUUUUUUAUAAGAAAGCUUUUCUCUUCUCAUUUUCAUCUCUUCUUUUUCUCAAUAAUCCUUGAUUCAGUUCCAUUCGUUGUAAACCAAAAGUAUUUUUGCUUUUCUUCAUAGAGUCUUAUUCCGCGCCUCAUUUGUAUCUUUCAGACUCAAUAGGACGUCCAACCUGCAUUGAUGCUCUAUCAAAAGGGUCCUUGUGCAACGUUUCCUUAAGCGCUAGAAGGAAAAUAAUUUUUCCUUUUAAAGUAUAUCGUCUUACAUAAGAAUUUGGGGGCAAUGGAGGUACAUUGAUUCGAUCUGAAAUCCAU